CUCAUUCUCGCCCCAUCGACCGAUCAAGCCAAAAGCAGCAGACACCUCGAUCGAUCAAACGACACCUCGAAUCGAUCCUUCUCUCUCGCAGAGCCCCAGCGCUCGAUCGUCGGCCGGCGACAUCUCUCGAUGGCGUACAUGCGCGUGACGCACCGCGACGAGGAGGGCAAGAAGGUGACGGAGAAGCUGCCCGUCCCGGAGACGCGCCGCCCGGACACCGCCAAGCACUUCGAGCGCAAGCUGGAGGAGCAGGGCUUCCACCGCAUGGAGCGCCACCCGGCCAACGCGCCCCGCGGCGUCGGCAUCGGCACCCCGCCGCCCAAGUCUGGCCGCGGCGGCAAGUACACCUGGGAGGGACCCGGCGGCCUCGUCGAGGACGAGCUCGACCCGGCGCCGCCCGCCAUCGACCCCAACGACCCAAACUACGAGGAGGAGGACGGGGCCGAGGACGAGGAGGCCAAGGAGGUGGUCGUCGGGGAGGUGGAGGUCGCCAAGGUGGCCGAGGAGAGGGACGGCGUCGCCAGGGUCGACGUCGCGCCGCCCCUGCUCCAGGAACAGCACCAGUAGCUAUAGUUCUAGCGGCUUCUGAGAGCUCAGCUAGCAGCUCAUCCUCAUCCUUGUGGUGUGUCUUUUUUCCCUGUUGACUGUUGAGCUUGGAUGUGAACUGUGUUUUGGUGCACUAAUCAAUCAAUAAUCGAAUGUGAUUAAACCCAGAUUAA